GUCUGCUUAGAUGACAAUUUCGACUUCCACGCAGUAUCAGUCUGCCAACACGCAGGCGACUUCUUCAUCCUCGGUGGUCCCCUGGAGAUGCCCUGGUCGUUUAGCAGGCCCUUUCACUUUGAAGUCACCAGGGCUGUUCAGAGACUGGGCGUUGCCCUAGACGGAAACUACCACGUAGAGCUGGAGAUCUUCCACAUCAACGGCACACAGUUGCCUUCUGACGUUCUACCGUAUCCUGGAAUUGAUUUUAGGCCGGCCGUUGGAAAAACUGAUCCCCCUAUUGGACACAACGAGGAAGGCCAUGAACACGAGUUCCAUGAAGGUGUUUCAGUUCGUAAAAAUAUCGACCGUUUGACCAGAGAGGAAGAAUUCCAGAUCAGAGAGGCACUGGAAAAAUUUCAGAAUGACCGAAGUGUCGAUGGGUAUCAGGCCAUUGCAGAGUUCCACGGUGACCCCGGCAAAUGCCCAUUUCCAACAGAUAAGGACAGACUGGCCUGCUGUGUCCACGGAAUGCCAACGUUCGCACACUGGCACAGACUGCUGGUGGUUCAGGUAGAAGAUGCUCUGAGACGACGUGGCUCUCCUAUCGGAGUCCCUUACUGGGACUGGACUCGACCCAACACCCGCAUUCCUGACUUGGUUAACGAGGAAACGUAUGAAGAUCCCGUUACAGGGGAACAACACCCCAACCCCUUCCAUCACGCAGACAUUGCCUUCCUGGGCCCUGAUGUCCACACCUCUCGAGAUGUCCAGCCUGGGCUUACUCAAAACCCAUCUUGGGGUGACCACACUGAGCUCUUUGAUGCCUUCCUGCUUGCUCUGGAACAGGACAACUUCUGUGACUUUGAGGUACAAUUUGAACUCGCACACAACCACAUCCAUGGUCUGGUGGGAGGAAAAAGCCAAUACGGUCUGUCUUCCCUGUCAUACAGUGCUUUUGAUCCAAUCUUCUACAUCCACCACAGCUCCAUCGACAGAAUUUGGGCCAUUUGGACUGCUCUUCAACAAUACAGACACAAGCCUUACAAAGCCCAUUGCGCCCAAACACACGUACAUACGCCGCUGAAACCAUUCUCUUUCUCAUCUCCCUAUAACAAUAACGAGAAGACCUACUCCCACUCCACGCCCACCAACGUCUACGACUAUGAAGAGGAACUGGGAUACACCUAUGACAAUCUGGAGUUCGGAGGACUGAGAAUCCCAGAACUAGAUGAUUACAUCAACAAUCAUGUCAAGAACCACAACCGCGUCUUCCUGGGCAUUCAGCUUCACGGAAUUAAAAAAUCUGGUUGGGCAACUAUCUACGUGACUCCAUCUGGAGGCGAGAAAUACACUGCUGGUCACUUUGGCUUGCUAGGGGGCCCAACAGAGAUGCCUUGGAGUUUUGAUCGCGUCUACCACUACGACAUUACCCCAGCCCUUCAAGCCCUUAACCUUCAAUGGUCAUCACCCUAUGACGUCACACUGGAGAUACACGAAUUUGAUGGAACCCCCAUUGACGUCAGCCUGUUUCCAAAAAUACAACUAUCUUACGUGCCAGGUCAAGAGGCUCGCGAAGCCAGAAAAUCUGAUUCUCGAGUCCGUAAAAAUGUGGACCAGUUGACAGAGGAGGAAGAACUAGAUAUCCGCCAUGCCCUGGCGAACCUGGAGGAGGACAAGAGUCUAGGAGGGUACCAAACACUGGGUCGCUAUCAUGGUGCUACGCUGUGGUGUCCAAGUCCUGACGCAGAGAAGAAAGUAGCCUGCUGUCUUCAUGGGAUGCCCACCUUUCUGCAUUGGCACAGGCUGCUGACCGUUCAGGCGGAGAACGCUCUUCGCAGACAUGGCUACCACGGCGGUCUGCCCUACUGGGACUGGACCCAACCACUGACUACCCUGCCUGCCAUUGUAGAUUCACCAACUUACAAGGAUCCAGAGAAAGGUCAAGAGGUCGCAAAUCCCUUCUUCAGUGCCCAUAUCGAUGACGCCAACCAGGAUACCGUGAGGUCAGUCCGGGCUGAUCUGUUUGAAAAGCCAAGAUUUGGACAAUAUACAGCCAUAGCCAGACAGGUUCUUCUAGCAUUUGAGCAAGAGAACUUCUGUGACUUCGAGGUCCAAUUUGAGAUCGCCCACAACUUCAUCCACGCCUUGGUCGGUGGUAGCGAGGUUUACUCUCUGGCCUCCCUGUUGUAUACGGGGUAUGAUCCGAUCUUCUAUCUACACCACUCCAACACAGACCGGCUAUGGGCUGUUUGGCAGGCUCUGCAACAAUUCCGAGGCAAACCAUUCAACAGUGCUAACUGUGCGGUCGAUAAAAUCCGUACUCCCCUGACACCCUUCAGUCUGUCAUCAGAUGUGAACCCUGACCCAGUGACACGGGAGCACUCCUUGCCCUUCCAGGUAUUCGACUACAAGACCAACUUCCACUACGAGUACGACAACCUGGAGUUCAAUGGACUGACAAUCCCUCAGCUGGAAAGACUACUGGAGCAGAACAAGGGAGAGGAUCGAGUUUUUGUUGGCUUUAGACUGCACGGAAUUCACCAUUCCGCUCUUACCAAGUUCUCCAUUUGCAAGACUCCUGAUGACUGUGAUCACCCAGCAGGAGAAUUCUACCUUCUAGGAGAUGAGCAUGAGAUGGAGUGGACUUAUGACCGCCUGUACAAAUACGAGAUCACCCAACAGCUGGCAGAUCUGCAUCUUCGCUAUGAUGACCGCUACACCAUCAAGUACACAGUUGUUGGACUUGAUGGGGCUGACCUUGGUCAUCCAUUCCCUGAGCCAACUGUGAUCCAUGAAGUUGGAACCAGUCACAUUUAUGGCCAGGAAUAUCGACCUCCCGUUACUGCGGCUUCGCAUGUCCGACACAAUCUAGAAGAUUUGAGCCCGGGAGAAGUGGAGAGUCUUCGGGCGGCUUUCUUGGCAAUCCAGGCAGAUCACUCCUACGAACAAAUAGCUUCCUACCAUGGGAAACCUGGCUUGUGUGAAUAUGAGGGUCGUAAAGUGGCUUGCUGUGUCCACGGAAGUCCAUCGUUCACAUCCUGGCACAGACUGUACGUCGAACAGGUGGAACACGCCCUGCUGGAGCAUGGGUCCGCUGUUGCUGUCCCUUACUGGGACUGGUCCAUUCCCAUCAGGAAACUGCCGGCUCUGAUCAGCGAGGCCACUUACUAUAACUCCAGGCAGCAGAGGUUCGAUCCCAACCCCUUCUUCAGUGGCGGGAUCGCUGGGGAGAAUGCUGUUACGACGAGGAAUCCGCGGGCAGAACUAUAUAACAACGAGUACUUCUAUGAACAACUGCUGUUCGCCUUUGAACAAACCCACUUCUGUGACUUCGAGAUUCAACUGGAGAUUGUGCACAACGCCAUCCAUUCCUGGCUCGGUGGACAAGCUAGAUACUCCAUGUCAUCUUUGGAUUAUGCUGCCUUUGAUCCAGUCUUCUUUUUGCAUCAUUCCAACACUGACAGACUGUGGGCAAUCUGGCAAGAGUUACAGCGCUACAGAGGUCUGACCUACAAUGAGGCCGACUGUGCCAUCAACCAGAUGAGAAAGCCAUUGAAGCCUUUCGGCGACAGCGACAACAAAGACAAAGUGACCCAGAAGUACAGUCGACCUGCGGACACCUUUGACUAUCGCAACCACUUUGGGUACGAGUACGACAAUCUGGAGUUCAACCAUCAGUCUAUCCCUCAGUUGGAGAAUUUGCUGAAAAAACGCCAGAAGCAAGGGCGUAUCUUUGCUGGCUUCUCGAUCCACAACAUUGGGCUGUCUGCUGAUGUGGAGGUUUCCAUUUGCGUUCCGAGUGGACCAAAUGGCUUUGGUAGCUGUAACCACAAGGCCGGUGUAUUCUCCAUUCUUGGAGGAGAGACCGAGAUGCCUUUCGAGUUUGACCGUGCCUACAGACUGGAAAUCACCAAAGAGGUCCUCAAGGCUGGCCUUCAGGUGAGCAGUGACGUCAACUUUAAGCUGAAGGUAGAAAUCCGGGCUGUCAAUGGAAGUUACCUGGAUCCACACACUCUGCCUGACCCAAGCAUUAUCUAUGUUCCCGGGACAGAUGAAGCUGCACAAGAUCGAGAACGGAAACCCAAUGUUCUCGUCAGGAAGAACCUGGAAUCUCUGAGUCCUCUAGAAAAAUACCACCUGGUAAAAGCUUUAGUUGCUCUGAAUGCCGACAGUUCUGCAGACGGUUACCAGUCUAUCGCCACAUUCCACGCCAUUCCACCUCUUUGUCCAAGUCCAACAGCCUCGGUCAGAUAUGCCUGCUGUAUACACGGAGGGGCAGCCUUCCUACAAUGGCACCGCCUCUACACUGUCCAGUUUGAGGACGCCCUCAGACGCCAUGGCUCUCACGUGGGACUGCCCUACUGGGACUGGACCAGGAUUAAUGACCGGCUGCCACAGCUGUUGACUGUUGACUCCUACACAAACCCGACCACUAAAGUUAACUUUCAGAAUCCGUUUACUCAUGGCAGAGUUGAGUUUGAACAUGUGGAUGUGGAUCGAGAUAUCCAGACUGACUUGCUGUUCAAAGUAGGACCCCACGGCUGGGACACCUGGCUCUACAACCAGGCUCUAUUUGCCCUGGAGCAGGAAGACUACUGUGACUUCGCCGUCCAAUUUGAAGUGCUCCACAACUCCAUCCACUACCUCGUUGGAGGCGAACAGAAAUACUCCUUGUCCUCCCUGGAGUAUUCCGCCUAUGAUCCCAUCUUCUACAUUCACCACUCCUUCACAGACAAGAUAUGGAUCGUCUGGCAGAAACUGCAGCAGAGGAGACACUUGCCCUACAACCGAGCCGACUGUGCUGUUAACUCCAUGAACGAGCCCAUGAAACCGUUCAGCUUUGAAGGAUUCAACACGAAUAAGUUUACCAGAGAACACGCAGAUCCCAGCUCGGUAUUUGAUCAUGAAGACCUCGGCUACGGGUACGAUAACCUUGACAUUGGUGGCUACUCGAUUGAAGAGCUGGAGCAUCUCAUUGAAGAGAAGCGAAACCACUCCCGACUUUUUGCGGGCUUUUUGUUGAAGGGCAUCAAGACGUCAGCAGUCAUCACCAUCACAGCUUGCGUUGCUGGAGGCAACUGCACGUUUGCAGGACGCUUCAGUAUUCUGGGUGGUCCUCUGGAAUCACCUUGGGCCUAUGAUCGCCUGCACAAGAGGGACAUCACCAGGUUUUUUGCAGCUCUGAACGUCAAGCCAGAAGAUGUUUUUGAACCCAAUGUCCGCGUCUACUUGAAGAUUGAAGUAAAGGACGUCGAAGGGCAUGUCUUGAGUCCAUCGAGUGUCAUACCAACUCCGACCAUCAUUUAUGAACCCCGCCAUGAGCCUACACGACGAGACAAGGCGAGAUCCGUAUCUGGUGACAGCGUCCGAAAGAACGUUCUCUCUUUGACAAAAGCAGAGAAAGCCAGUCUUCGCCAAGCCCUCCGUGAACUGCAGGACGACGAGGGCCCUAACGGCUUCGCG